AGUUGGUAUCGUCCCACUGCUAGCGGGCGCCGAGCGGGAGCCGCGCGGGAGCGGCGCAGCGACGGCGGCGGCAGUGGUGGUGGCGGUUGCGAAUCUUAGCCGUUGAGACGCCUCUGCGGCAGCUGGUGGCGCAGGUGGCUUGCGUGGACGCGGGCAGUGGCGGCCAGCCCGCCACCGCAGCCUCAGCGCCCGCGUCCCCGGCAGGCGUCUGGGCACCCGAGGCAUCCUCCCUCGCCACCCCGCGGCCCGGGAGCCUGGACUUGGGUCCGUGCUCCCGCAUCCCCUCGCUGCGCGCACCUCCUCCUGGGCUCCGGACCCCCGGCUUCUCCCUCGAAACAUGACUCGCGAUUUCAAACCUGGAGACCUCAUCUUCGCCAAGAUGAAAGGUUAUCCUCAUUGGCCAGCUCGAGUAGAUGAAGUUCCUGAUGGAGCUGUAAAGCCACCUACAAACAAACUACCCAUUUUCUUUUUUGGAACUCAUGAGACUGCUUUUUUAGGACCAAAGGAUAUAUUUCCAUACUCUGAAAAUAAGGAAAAGUAUGGCAAACCAAAUAAAAGAAAAGGUUUCAAUGAAGGUUUAUGGGAGAUAGAUAACAAUCCGAAAGUGAAAUUUUCAAGUCAACAGGCAUCAACUAAACAAUCAAAUGCAUCAUCUGAUGUUGAAGUUGAAGAAAAAGAAACUAGUGUUUCCAAGGAAGAUACUGAUCAUGAAGAAAAAGCUAGCAAUGAGGAUGUGAAUAAACCAAUUGACAUAACCACUCCAAAAGCUGCCAGAAGAGGGAGAAAGAGAAAGGCAGAAAAACAAGUAGAAACCGAGGAGGCAGGAAUAGUGACAACAGCAACAGCCUCUGUUAAUUUGAAAGUGAGUCCGAAAAGAGGACGACCUGCAGCUACAGAAGUCAAGAUUCCAAAACCAAGAGGCAGACCUAAAACGGUGAAACAGCCCUGUCCUUCAGAGAGUGACAUGGUUACUGAAGAAGACAAAAGUAAGAAAAAGGGGCAAGAGGAAAAACAAGCUAAAAAGCAGGUUAAAAAGGAUGAAGAGGGUCCGAAGGAAGAAGAUAAGCCAAGAAAAGAACCAGACAAAAAGGAGGGGAAGAAAGAAGUCGAAUCAAAAAGGAAAAAUGUAGCUAAAACAGGUGUUACAUCAACCUCUGAUUCUGAAGAAGAAGGCGAUGAUCAAGAAGGUGAAAAGAAGAGAAAGGGUGGAAGAAACUUUCAGACAGCUCACAGAAGGAAUAUGCUAAAAGGCCAACAUGAGAAAGAGGCUGCAGAUCGAAAACGCAAGCAAGAAGAACAAAUGGAAACGGAGCAGCAGAAUAAAGAUGAAGGAAAGAAGCCAGAAGUUAAGAAAGUGGAGAAGAAGAGAGAAACAUCAAUGGAUUCCCGACUUCAAAGGAUACAUGCUGAAAUAAAAAAUUCACUCAAAAUUGAUAAUCUUGAUGUGAACAGAUGCAUUGAGGCCUUGGAUGAACUUGCUUCACUUCAGGUCACAAUGCAACAAGCUCAGAAACACACAGAGAUGAUUACAACACUGAAAAAAAUACGGCGAUUCAAAGUUAGUCAAGUUAUCAUGGAAAAGUCUACAAUGUUGUAUAACAAGUUUAAGAACAUGUUUUUGGUUGGUGAAGGAGAUUCCGUCAUUACUCAAGUGCUGAAUAAAUCUAUUGCUGAACAAAGACAGCAUGAGGAAGCAAAUAAAACCAAAGAUCAAGGAAAGAAAGGGCCAAACAAAAAGCUAGAAAAAGAACAAACAGGUUCAAAGACUGUAAAUGGAGGGUCUGAUGCUCAAGACAGUAAUCAGCCGCAACAUAAUGGAGACAGCAAUGAAGAAAGCAAGGACAACCACGAGGCCAGCAGUAAGAAAAAGCCAUCUGGAGAAGAGAGAGAGACUGAAAUAUCUCUGAAGGACUCUGCACUAGAUAACUAGAUUGACAGACCUGGAAUAUACAGAACAUUUGAGAAGUUUGUAAUGGUUUUCACUUAAAAUACUUAGACUGCUGAAAAUUUUAAAUUUUUAUAAGCAUAGGUUUUGAUGUUUGAAACUUGUUUUGAGGGAGAAAAUCCCUUUCUUUGUUCAAAAGUAAUUAAACAUUAUUGCUAAUUGUACUUGUGCAGUAUUAGCAGCUACAUUAUACAGUAAACGUGGGAGAAAUUCCACUUAGAAAAAUGUUAAACUGCUUUUCCAGACAUGGUUGUAGCGUAUUUUCAAUUAGUGUGUGUAUGUUAAAUGUGUAAUUGGUAGUGGAAAAAAGUUACAUUUUUAAAACUACUUUUCCCAAAUACUGUGGCUUUUGUGCAGUUUUUACAAAUCUUGGAUUUAACAGACUGUCUUUUCACUGUGGGUUUUGUAGAAGUUGAGCAUUUUUAUGGUUGGAUAAAAUGUUACUUCUAAACAAGUACUCACUCCCUCCUUUUAUCAAAAGUUAAUUUUAAUCUCAGUCUACAUUGUACUCCAUUUCCCUGAUUCUUUGUAACAAUGUGUAGUUUGUAUGCCUUUUUGUAUGACUAGUUGUCCAACCAAUGUUAAAGUAAUAAUUCUGUGAGGUACAAACAAUCUCACGUUAACUUUUUUGAAGGUAAUUUGGUUAUGUGGCUGGAAAUUUAGUCAAGUCACAUAACUUCCCUUGCAGAGAAAGACUGGGUAUAGGAAAUGAAUCUGGCUUUAGAUAGGGGUCAGCCAUCUAAGAUCUUUUGCAGGCACUAGUAACAAAACCUGAGAACUAAACAAAUUUAAAUGUCUUUAAAAAAAGUUUUUUAAGUCACACUCAUUAAAAAAAUCACAAGGUAGUAUUUUUUAAAUUGGGGGAAAAAACCCAUCAUGCUUAUGUAGUAGAUACAAAUAAAUGCUAUGUAAGGAAACUAACCUAUUUGAAAACAUGGAAGGAACUUAGUAUUUAAUUUCU